CGCGAGCGUACACGCGCCAGCUCGCGCAGGCAGUCGUCCUCCAGAGGUGCAACGGCAGCUCACGCUCCCCAGCACUGUUUCUCUUAUGUGCUGUCACAGUGCAGACAGCGGUUGUAAACAUGGCGACGGACGGGAUGGUGCUCACCAAUCACGACCAUCAGACCCGAGUGGGAAUUCUAACAGUCAGUGACAGUUGUUUCAAGAACUUGGCUGAGGACAGGAGUGGGGUCAACUUGAAGGACCUGGUUCAUGAUCCGUCACUGUUAGGUGGGGUCAUUGCAGCCUAUAAAAUUGUUCCUGAUGAGAUUGAUGAAAUCAAGGAAACUCUUUUGGAAUGGUGUGAUGACCAGGAGCUUAAUCUUAUUCUCACUACAGGAGGAACUGGAUUUGCACCACGCGAUGUUACGCCUGAGGCCACCAGAGAAGUAAUCGAGAGAGAGGCUCCAGGCAUGGCUCUGGCAAUGCUUAUGGGCUCCCUUAACGUUACGCCACUUGGUAUGCUGUCCAGGCCAGUGUGUGGUAUCCGUGGUAAAACUCUGAUCAUCAACCUGCCAGGGAGCAAGAAGGGCUCUCAGGAGUGUUUUCAAUUCAUCCUUCCUGCUCUGCCCCAUGCCAUCGACCUGCUGCGCGAGGCCAUGGUCAGGGUUAAAUCCGUACACGCCGCACUCGAGCAGCUGCCUUCUCCUUCUUCUCUGCUGUCCAACGCACACACCAACACGCAUGCCCACUCACACACUAUGGAGCGCGGCACUCAGUGCGAGGAGGAGGACGAUGAGGAGGAAGACAGGCGGAGAGGUCGACAUGCACACCACCACCAUCAUCACCAUCACCAGCAUGGCUCCUCCCACAUCACCGCAGCUGCUAUUGCUGCAAAGACCAGUCAUGCUGUGGUCAUGGCUAAGGGGGGUCCCUAUCUGCCUGGCAACACGCCUGCCCCUCCCACUCAUUUCACCUGCUCCUGUACCCAUGACCAGCAGAUUCCGGACUCGAUCAUUUCUCGAGGUGUUCAGGUGCUUCCUCGAGAUUCUGCGUCUUUGAGCUCCACCCCUUCUGAGUCACCACGGGCAACACAGGCAACCUCCCGCCUUUCCACCGCUUCAUGCCCAACACCUAAGGUCCAGUCCCGAUGUGGCAGUAAUGAGAACAUCCUGAGGGCCAGUCACAGUGCGGUGGACAUCAGCAAAGUGGCACGACGUCAUCGGAUGUCCCCGUUUCCACUGACAUCAAUGGACAAAGCCUUCAUCACUGUUUUAGAAAUGACUCCUAUUCUGGGAAUUGAAGUCAUAAACUACAGAGACGGAUUGGGUCGAGUGCUCGCUCAGGACAUCUAUGCCAAAGACAACCUUCCUCCAUUUCCCGCCUCAGUUAAAGACGGCUAUGCUGUAAGAGCUGCCGAUGGCCCAGGAGAUCGCUUCAUCAUGGGAGAAUCACAGGCUGGACAACAGCCCACCCACACGGUGAUGCCAGGCCAAGUGAUGAGGGUGACCACCGGUGCUCCCAUUCCUUGUGGUGCUGACGCAGUAGUCCAAGUGGAAGAUACAGAACUUUUGAGAGAGUCUGAAGAUGGCACUGAAGAAUUAGAAGUGAGGAUUAUGGUGCAGGCUCGGCCAGGACAGGACAUCAGGCCUAUAGGUCAUGACAUCAGACGAGGAGAGUGUGUGUUAGCCAAAGGGACACACAUGGGCCCAUCAGAGAUCGGUCUGCUGGCUACUGUGGGGGUGACUGAUGUCAACGUGCACAAGUUCCCAGUGGUGGCCGUUAUGUCCACUGGAAAUGAGCUGUUGAAUCCAGAAGAUGACCUCCACCCAGGAAAGAUCAGAGACUCCAACCGUUCGACUCUGCUCGCCACCAUCCAGGAACAUGGAUAUCCAACCAUCAACCUGGGCAUUGUUGGAGACAACCCUGAUGACCUGCUCUCAGCUCUUCAUGAGGGAAUCAGUCGUGCUGAUGUCAUCAUCACCUCAGGGGGCGUCUCGAUGGGAGAGAAGGACUUCCUGAAGCAGGUGCUGGACAUUGACCUUCAUGCUCAGAUUCACUUUGGACGUGUGUUCAUGAAGCCAGGUCUUCCUACUACCUUUGCCACUGUUGACAUUGAUGGAACGCGGAAACUCAUCUUUGCUCUGCCAGGUAACCCGGUGUCUGCAGUUGUCACAUGUAAUCUCUUUGUGAUUCCUGCACUGAGGAAGAUGCAAGGCAUUCUGGACCCUAGACCCACCAUUAUUAAGGCCAGGCUUUCGUGUGAUGUGAAGCUAGAUCCUCGACCAGAGUACCAUCGCUGUAUUCUCACCUGGCAUCACCAAGAGCCGCUGCCCUGGGCUCAAAGCACAGGUAACCAAGUGUCCAGCAGGCUAAUGUCAAUGCGCAGUGCCAACGGCCUGCUGAUGUUGCCUCCGAAAACCGAGCAGUAUGUGGAACUGCACAAGGGAGAAGUUGUGGAUGUUAUGGUCAUCGGACGGCUAUGAUGCAGAUUUCAGUCACUGGAGACAAAUAUAUUGACGGUGCUGGGACUUCCUGCCUGGACAGGGGCAUCUAUUAGCUGUGAUGUCAUAUGCAACAGCCAAUUGGAGCCAGCAGACGUUGAAUCCUCAUAGGUCUGCGUUGAGAAGAUUUAAGAAAAAAAAAAUGUGAAGAAAUAUACAAAUGAGAUUUAUUCUGUAAUAUUAUAUAAUUCUCCUGAUUAUAAUGAUUAUUAAUAUUCGUACUUCAUCUGAUAUUAUUAUGGUUCUGAUUGAAUAUCAUCAUCAUUCUCGUAGUAAUCACAUUCUUGUCUCUCGAGUUCAUUUGCUUUGUGCGAUCAGCACUUUUCCUUAGUAGAUCUAGUGAUAGAAAAUAACUCCGUUCCUCUGCUUCUGCCACACGCUCUUUUGUCUUCUUUGUUUCAGCUCUUCCGUCUUCCAUCCCUCGCAACACAGCCUUUUGUAGAAUCCCUUUGCAAUUGAUUGAAAACCGUUCCCCCCGACUUUGUUUGUCCGACCCCAAAAAUCAAAACAGCAGCAACGAUGCAUUGUAUUACACAAUAAAACUGGUGACUCACUGAAAGCAGUGGAUCAUUAGCUAAGUCUUACUUGAAUGACACUUGACAACCAUAAACGCAGCAAAUACACACCUAAAAAAAAAAAAACUUGGUGGAAGUUGUUGGCUGUUCUUAGUAGCUCCUAACUGGCUUGAGUUCAGGGCCCCACUUGUAACCUGUGGAAUAUUUUCCCACUGUGGUAGGAAGUGCGACGUGAUGAACGCAUUUCAUCGGCUGGCAAAUGCUAUUAAGAGUUCCCGUGUGGAAUUGCACUUCAUCAUUUUUGUGUUUUUUUAUUUUUUUAUUUUUUAUCCUAUCGAGCAGAGCUUGCAAAUGACAAACCUAAUCAUGACCUAUUGUAAGAUGCUGCUGCUACAUGUAGGUAAAAUUACAAAGAAUUCAGGAUAUAGGAUUUUAAUGGUCAAAACUGGCUUACUCUUGCUUUUGUUUGACCAUCCCUUUUUAAUAUGUCACUUGAAAACAAUCUUGACUUUGUAGAGGUCAAAUGCUGGAAAGACUUCUAAAGCAAACAUACAA